CUAUUUUUUUAGCUCAACUGAGAAACUUCUGAGUCUAAUCGAACCGAACUGAUGGAGGAUCUCAUUCUCCUCGUCAAUAAACUUCAACAUGCCUUGAGCUCAGUCGAGGGAGAGGGUUGCAACUUGGACCUGCCGCAGAUUGCUGUGGUCGGUGGACAGAGCGUUGGCAAAAGCUCUGUGCUGGAGAACUUUGUCGGAAGGGACUUUCUUCCACGAGGCUCAGGGAUCGUCACCCGCAGACCUUUGGUCCUUCAGCUGGUCAACAACAUAGCAGAGUAUGCCGAGUUCCUGCACUGUAAGGACAAGAAGUUUGUGGACUUUGAUGAAGUCCGUCGGGAGAUCGAGGCGGAGACAGACCGGAUCACUGGUUCCAACAAGGGAAUCUCCCCCAUACCCAUCAACCUCCGAGUCUACUCACCUAACGUCUUGAACUUGACCUUGAUUGACCUUCCGGGCAUGACGAAGGUCGCUGUGGGUGACCAGCCAGCAGACAUUGAGCUCCAGAUCAGGGCCAUUGUCCUUCAGUUCAUCAGAAGCGAGAACUGUCUCAUCCUGGCUGUGACGCCAGCUAACACCGACCUGGCUAACUCAGACGCCCUCAAGAUCGCCAAAGAGGUCGACCCACAGGGCCUGAGGACCAUCGGCGUGAUCACCAGACUGGACCUGAUGGACGAGGGGACGGACGCCAGAGACAUCUUUGAGAACAAGCUGCUGCCGCUGCGCAGAGGCUACAUUGGUGUGGUGAACCGCAGUCAGAAGGACAUCGACGGCAGGAAGGACAUCAGUGCGGCUCUCAGCGCCGAGAGGAAGUUCUUCCUGUCGCACCCGGCCUAUCACCACAUAGCCGAGCGGAUGGGCACUCCAUUCCUGCAGAAGGCCCUCAACCAGCAACUGACCAAUCACAUCCGCGACACGCUGACGACUCUGCGCAGCAAACUGCAGUCUCAGCUGCUCUCACUAGAGAAGGAAGUCCAGAAGUACAAGAACUUCAAGCCCGACGACCCGCUGCACAAGAUCAAGGCAAUGAACCAGAUGGUUCAUCAGUUCAGUGAGGACUUUGAGAAGAGCAUCGAGGGCUCCGUGGACACCGCAGAGCUUUCUGGAGGUGCUCGCAUUAACCGCGUGUUCCAUGAGAUCUUCCCCUAUGAACUCUUCAAGAUGAAGUUUGAUGAGAAGGAGCUGAGGACUGAGAUAGUCUGUGCCAUAAAGAACAGCCACGGUGUCAGAACGGGGCUGUUCAUGCCUGACUUGGCGUUCGGGGCCAUCGUGAAAAAGCAGAUUGGUCAGCUGAGGGAGCCGUGUCUGAAGUGUAUCAAUCAGGUCUUUCAGGAACUGAUCAACACUGUCAGGCAGUGCAGCUGUAAGCUUAAAACCUAUCCACGACUGAGAGCCACAGUUGAGCAGAUUGUCACGGCACACCUUAGUGAGCGAGAAAGGAAGACCAAGGACCAGGUCUUGCUCUUGAUUGACAUGCAGCUCUCCUACAUCAACACCAACCACGAGGACUUCAUCGGAUUCGCCAAUGCCCACCAAAGUAACACCAAUGUGAACAAGAAAGGCUCCCUGCCCAACCAGGUUAUCAGACGUGGUUGGCUGAUCAUCAACAACAUCGGUUUGAUGAAGGGCGGGCCUAAGGACUACUGGUUCAUAUUGACAGCGGAAUCACUGUCUUGGUACAGGGACAAUGAGGAGAAAGACAGGAAAUGCAGGCUUCCUUUGGUAAAUCUAAGAAUCAAGGAUGUUGAGAAGAGCUUCAUAUCAUCCAAACACACAUUCGCCAUCUUCAACACUGAACACAGGAAUGUGUAUAAGGACCUGCGCCAGAUCGAGUUGUCUUGUGACUCUCAGGAUGACAUAGACAGCUGGAAGGCCUCUUUUCUCAGGGCUGGGGUUUUCCCAAAGAAUGACCAGGCAGAUGGCAAAGACACAAGAGAGGGCGAAAGUAGAUUCCCCAUUGACCCCCAGUUGGAGCGACAUGUUGAGAGCAUCAGGAAUCUGGUGGACUCCUACAUUGUUAUCAUCAACAAAUCCAUCCGCGACCUCAUGCCCAAAACUACCAUGCACCUCAUGAUCAACAGUGCGAAGAAGUUCAUCCACUGUGAGCUACUGUCGUACCUGUACAGCUCGGGCGACCAGAGCAGCCUGAUGGAGGAGUCGGCCGAUCAGGCCCAGCGGCGCGACGAGAUGCUGCGCAUGUACCAUGCCCUCAAGGAGGCGCUCAAGAUCAUCGGGGACAUCAGCACCACCACCAUCUCCGUGCCCGUACUUCCAUCUUCACGCAUCGAUGCCAACUGGCUGCAGAAAGAAAGCGGCCCCCCCUCUCAGCGUCGUCCUCCACCAGCCAGUGCUGCUCCACCUGGUCGCCCUCCUGCAGUGAGGGGGCCCACGCCAGGGCCACCCCAGAACCCCUCGCCUGCUUUCGGGGCGCCCCCCAUCCCGUCCCGCCCCGGUCCUCCCCCUGCGUUUGGGAACAGCACCCUGGACACCACUCCCUCAGGCUCCGCCAGAGAGCCCCUCGUGCGGCUAACCAGCGUACCCAGCAGAAGACCUUCUUCAAAGCGGCCCACCAUCAUCCGUCCAGCUGAACCCUCACUAGACUAGAACUACAGUAGAAUGUCUGGGUAACACGGAACAUUGAUAUUGUUUUUUAACUGGUACAAAACGGCUAUUUCUUCAUAUUAUUUCUACGUCAUUUUUGAAUGUUUUAAAUUAAAAAAUAAAUUAAAACAUAAUGAUUAGCUUAUUUAAAAGGAUUGAGAAUUGAGAUUGAAUUCACAAUUUACUUUAUUUUUUAAAAAAAAAAUGCUACAUUGUACACAGUAACUUGUUUAAAAACAACAGAAACAAAAAAGAUUGAAUAAAUUCAAUGACAUGUUUUGACAAGUGGUUAAUCAAAAUGUAUCGUCAUUGGCAAAUGGUGUGAGUUUCUUUAUUAUUUUCCAAUGUCGUACAAAUGUUUUAGCAAUUUUCAGUUAAACAUGAUUACAAAAUGUACUUGUUGAAUGAUGUCAUUAUCUUUUCAGUUACAUGUGUAAUUGAAUCAUGAGCUAAAUCAUGUCUACCCAAUGCAAGUCCAAAACACCAUGCUAUUCUUUUUUUUCUUUUACUGCAAUUCAGCCUGACAGUUACAGCAAAUGGCCAGUAGGGAGAACCAAAGAACAGAAAAUAAUGCAUCUUUGAGUGACAAUAAUUUAAGCUUCCAUAGGUUUUGUUUUUCUGUUGGUAGAAAUUGAGCUAAUAGGUCUCACGUAAAAAGAGAGCUGGGGUAUGAUGGUGCUAUAUACAGGGUUCCUACUCCAAGUCAGACUUGAAAUUCCCUGACUUUCUCUGUCCAUAAAACAGAAUUUCCAUGACCU